AUGACACAUUCACUCUCUCCUCUCUUACCGGCUGCUCACGCCGGCAGCCUCUCCUCUACAUCACCCGGGUCACGGCCGCCAACUCCUCCCAUCAUCCUUCAAGUUCCUCAAAUUAACCGCAGGGCGAUUGUGGUAGGAUUAGGCAGUGGGCUAUGGAGUUGGAAUGCUCUGAACGGUAAUUAGGAGGCAAUGGCGGCAGCAAGACGGCCACCUCCACCACCACCUAAGGAGAAGAAUGAUCCGACAGUGAGUGGAGUUCAGGCGAAGGUAUUGGCGAGCAAGAAGCGUAAAGAAGCAAUGAAGGCGUCCAUAGCUAAACUUAGAGAGAAAGGCAAACCUGUUGUUGUUGAAGAAGAACCAUCUUCUUCUUCUUCUGAACAAUAGCAUCCACACAAGAAAUAUAAAGCUUUAUAUAGUCAUCUUCUCUACCACAUUCAUCACCUAUCAUGUUAAUUCACGCUACUCUAUUUCAACUUAUUCUUAUGGCUAGACCAAAAAAAAGAACUUAUUCUUA